AGGAGCAUAACGAAGUUGCUUUCCACUGGUUGAUGGAGAAGCCAACUUCAAGCUGGUGCAGACAUGCUUUUAGUUGGUUCUCUAGAUGUGAUGUGGUUAUGAACAACCUAUCAGAAGCCUUCAAUUCUGCAAUUAUAUUGGCCAGAGACAAACCUAUCCUAACCAUGAUGGAGUGGAUUAGGACCUAUGUCAUGGGAAGGUUCCCAGCAAUGAUGGAGAAGCUGAACAAGCAUCCUGGACAAAUCAUGCCUAGGUCAUUGAAGAGGAUAUCACAUGAGGUUGACCACAGUAAGAACUGGGUCACUAGGGCUGUUGGUGUUCUAAUGUUUGAGGUUCGCCAUCUAAUCACUUUGGAGAGACAUGUUAUCAACUUGAGGGAUAGGACUUGUUGCUGUAAUUUCUGGCAGUUGAAUGGCUUUCCAUGCAGACAUGCAGUGGCUGCAAUUUCUUUUCAUGGCCAUGAUCCAAAGGCCUAUGUACAUGAGUGCUACCAGAGGGCUGCUUAUAGAGCAACAUAUGAGAAUCUUGUCACACCAUUACCUGGACCUAACCAGUGGAUUGUUACUCCACAUGAUCCUGUAUGCAUUAUGCCACCAUUGUAUAAGAGAAGAGCUGGUAGGCCCAAGAAAUUGAGGAGAAGAGACCCAUGUGAUGAUCUUAAUCCAAGUAAAUUAAAGAGAGGGGGUGCAGCUUGGAAGUGCAGCAGAUGCAAGCAAUACAGGCACAAUAAGAAGACCUGUAAGAACCCUAUUCAGGAAGACCAACCUGCUGGGAAUGAUGGAGCUGAGGAUGGACCACAAAAUGAUGUACCUGAGGCUGAACCACAAAAUGAUGGACCUGAGGAUGGACAGAAUGAUGGACCUGCUGAGAAUCAAAAGAAAACAAAGAAAAAGGGUUUUAAGAAAUGCAGUAGAUGCAAGCAGUAUGGGCACUAUAAAAACAAAUGUAAGAACAACCCUGAAAUCAUCCCCAUAUUUCAAGCUCCUGCUCCUUCUCUUCCUGGUAUUGUUAUCAGGGAGCCAAGCAAUAAUCUCACUGCACCUGCCCCAGUACCUCUUACUUCUGGAAAAGGGAAGGAAAAAGUCCAUGAUGCUCCAAGAUCUGAGGUUCAAAAUUGGAGUCAAGGAUAUACUGUGACAAGGAAUCAUGGAGCUGCAAGCACUUCUGCUUCUAUCCUCCAAGUUGGGACUGCAUCUGAGACUUCCAGGACAGUAGAUGGGGCUGCAGCUGUUACAGGAAAUGAUUUUCCCAUGGCUUCAGGAGAUCAACAAGUUGUUGAAGACACUUUACCAACACAGUGCAGCGUUGUCUUGGACAAAACUGUGGGAGAAUCUUCUUGACCUUGCUUUGGAUGAAGGGAAUUACUUUUUGAGAGUGGGAAGGGAUAGCUUUUUGUGUGAGGGAAUCAAGAUCUGACAUGGUUCACAUGGUUCUUUAUUUUUCUUUCUUAAGUAGUUGAAUGUGGACCACAUGGCCACUAGGAUGGUCGAAUGUUUUGUAAUAUUAAUGGGUUUUGGUGGACCACUUACUUUGGCCACUAACUUGCUGGAUUUGAAAUGCAUUUUAAAUGCUUUUAGCUAUCUUUAUCCUUCUGUAAACAAUGACAAUUGGGGUACUUUAACUCCUCCUUAUGCAUUGAUGGUUUACACUCAUCUAUUUAAUUG